AUGGAGGAACCAUCAAGACUCUCGUUUCGCAAGGGUCGACUGGCAUCAAGAAAGGCCGAGGAAGCUGCUUAUAGGCGUUUCCAAGCUGCGACGUGGCUUGAAAAAAUGGUCGGCCCUCUAGGCUUGCCUUCUCAGCAGCCUUCCGAGCAAGAAUUUGUCUCAUGCUUGAAAAACGGCCUAGUCCUUUGUAAUGCCAUUAACAAGAUCCAACCUGGUGCUGUUCCUAAGGUUGUUACAAACCAAUCACUUGGUCUCACCUGGGAGAACCAGACCCUACCUGCUUAUCAAUACUUUGAGAACAUCCGCAACUUUCUUGAUGCUGUUGAUGAGUUGAAAAUUCCUAGUUUUGAAGCUUCGGAUAUUGAAAGAGAUACUGUGGAGGCUGGCUCAGUAGGAAAGAUUGUUGAUUGUAUCCUAGGCUUAAAAGCCUAUCAUGAUUGGAAACAGUUCAGCAGGGGUAGUGGAGCCUGGAAAUACGUGAAGUCCCCCAUGGUUUCCCACGCUAAAGUUGGAAUUCAUUCGAAAAUGCCAGCUUUAAGCUCCUCAGUCAGAUAUUUAGACAUGUCAGCAAAAUCUGAGAAACUGCAACCUAUGAAGCUUGAUGAUGAUCAAAGGACUGGAGCUAAAGUGGAUUCUCUCGUGCAAGCAAUGACUGAUAUAUUGUGCAAUUCAAAGGAAAACAUUGAUCAAAAUAUUUUUGAUUCGUGGCAACAAGGAACAGUGGACCCUGUGAAGCUGUUUAAUAGAAUCAUAUCAAGUUGCCUCCAAGAGCAACAGUUAGACUCUGUUGAGGAUUCCAUGAUGGAAGGAAAGACAACAUUAGAUGUUUGCAGAUCGAAUAAUAUUUGCAAGAAUUGCAGUUUUUGCCAGGGAAAGACAUCUUGUAACCACUGGCAACUUAUGGAGUCCCAAAAAACUGAACUCAAGAGCCGAUGCAAUCUCGAACCUAUUAAACAAAUUGACUCGAGUGAACAAGCUCAAGACAAGUCAUAUUCUUCACAACCUUACCACAUACAGAAACAAAGAUUGCAAGUGGAGGGUUUGGGCAGUGGAGAAACUAUUGCAAAAGUUUUUGUUGAUGGGAAUAACAUCAGAAUGGCCUGUGUUUACCUAUCUAUGAGAAUGUCAAUGCCUUUGAUCAUGCCAGCAUAUACCCGUUACUACCCAAACCAUUAUGGAAUGAGAUCGGGAGCAUGCUCUCUUGCUGUCCAGCCCAUUAGAAUGUCUUCAGACACCGUCCGGACAUUCCAGGCCGCUGAGUACACCUUCAAGAAAACGUUGUCAAGAACUUCAUGCUCCGGCCACCUAUCCAAGAGCGACGAUCCAAGGCUCUCCCCUCCUCGAAGCGACCUCGAUUCUAAGGUGGAGACGUUUCUCCCGCUAAAGCCUAGACUAGUCGAGUGUAUGGAAAUCAAAGCCCUCUUGUCAAAUACCAAGUUAGAAUGUGCUGCAUUGCAGUCUCAAGUACAAAAUGAUUUGACACAAAUAGGAAACCAACUUGAGUGGCUUUCUACUGCUGCUGAUGGUUAUCAUCGAGCAGUCAAAGAGAAUAGAAACUUGUACAAUAUGCUUCAAGAAUUGAGAGGAAACAUUCAAGUUUUUUGCAGAGUUCGGCCAGCAUUUGUGGCAGGAGACAAAGGUUCAAUUGAUUACAUUGGAAAUGAUGGUACAUUGAUUUUACUCGAUCAACUUAAGUCACAAAAUGUGCGCAAGACUUUCCAGUUUAACAAGGUUUUUGGACCUAAUGCAACUCAAGAGGAGGUCUACAAAGCGACUGAAUCUUUAAUCAGAUCUGUGAUGGAUGGUUAUAAUGUGUGCAUUUUUGCUUAUGGUCAGACAGGUUCUGGCAAAACAUAUUCUAUGUGUGGCCCAGAAAUUGGGUCUGCUAAAGAUAUUGGAAUCAACAGCAAGGCUCUUAAUGAUCUCUUCCAAAUAUCUUGCAUCAGAGAGGAUAUCAAGUAUGAAAUACAUGUUCAAAUGGUCGAGAUUUACAAUGAACAAGUCCGUGAUCUCCUUACUGAAGAAACUUCAACAAAAAAAUUAGAGAUUCGAAAUUGUUCAAGCAAUGGUGGUUUAAGCCUUCCGGAUGCCACAAUGCACCAUGUGCAGUCAACUAGUGAUGUCAUGAAUUUGAUGAAAGCUGGAGAAAAGAAUCGCGCCUUCAGUUGCACUGCAAUGAACAAUAGAAGCAGCAGAUCUCAUAGUGUAUUGACAAUUCAUGUAUGUGGAAGAGAUGUUUUGGGAAACAAACUACAAAGCUGCCUGCAUUUGGUAGACCUUGCAGGGAGUGAGAGGGUGGAUAAAUCAGAAGUUACUGGAGAUAGAUUGAAGGAGGCACAACAUAUCAAUAAGUCUCUUUCUUGUCUGGGAGACGUUAUUGCUGCUUUGGCUCAGAAGAGUUCAUACAUUCCAUACAGAAAUAGCAAACUCACUCAACUACUGCAAAACUCACUAGGAGGACAUGCAAAGAUGUUAAUGCUUGCUCACGUAAGUCCAGAAGCUGAGUCAUAUGGAGAAACAAUAAGUACUCUUAAGUUUGCACAGAGAGUGUCCACUGUAGAGCUUGGUGCUGCUCAAGUUAACAAAGAAAGCAGUGAAAUUCGUGAUCUUAGAGAACAGGUAGAUAAUCUCAAGAAAGAGCUGGCAAGCAGGGAGCGAGAGAAGGCUUUACAUUUGCAUAAAAUGAAGGAAAACACUUCAUUUUCAGAGAGAAAACUGCCGAUCAAAUCCCCUCUUCCAAGAUCAAAAUUCAGCACAGAAAAUUCUGUAAUGCGUCUACGGAGAUUGAGUCUGGAAGGUUGCGGGCAUGAUGACAAAAGUCAACAUCAAAACAAAAACUCGGAGUCAGAUCUGCAACAAAAAUCACAAAUAGAAGAAGAGCAAUUAAAAGAAGUUGCUCAUGAAGAAAUCAAAGCGAAUGAAACCAUUGAAAAGUUGGUUCAAGUAAAUGAAAUAGAGGGGGGAUUGCCUAGUUGUUCUGCUAUUUCAAAUUCUUCUUCUGUAAACCAGUUGACUACUCUUGGGAGCAGAUGUAGGCAAUUGGGAGAGGUGGAGACCCCUGAUACUAACAAAAUUAAGCUGAAUUCUAAUUCUUUCUCGAGCUCGAAAGGAUCACAUAUACGGAAAUCGCUGAAGACAAUUGGCAAGUUGAUAAAUGGAUCUGAGAAGAGGAACUAUCAAGUGUCAUCUGUAAUGCCAUGCAAGCAAGAUAAAGACUUGAAGGCCUUAAAGAAAUCACCAGCAACAGUGGAAAGCAGGUAUAAGAGGAGGCAAUCUUUAACCAAUGUGCAAGCAUUUGAAAUCAAGGGAUCUAGGAGAAGCUCCCUUGGAGGAAAAUCUGUUGAAUCAUAUUCAACAGUGGGUAUCCCAGGCCCAAAGACUCCUCCAGCUUUUCCUGCACCGGCAAAGAACACAAACAGAUGGCUGUGAAUCUUAUUAACUUGAUGAUGCUCCCCAUGACUAGGAUUGAAGCUGUGACUUUGACGCAAGCAUUUGCUUCUUUUCCUUGCGAGGUUCAAUAAUGUAUUAUUCUUUAGAUGACUUUACAGCAGCAGUUAUUCGCUGCAGCACUCUUUCAUUUUUGUUUUUCUACUUCAUUACCAAUGAAUAAAAAGGCAUGUAUACCUUGCAGCAGAAACCAA